AUGCAAAGACUCCAACUGUUGAGAGUAAAAGUAUUGCUGGGUGAGAAGCAAGGAGAUGAAAUGUGGCGUCAUCUUUUUUCUUCUCAGACCUCCAUUCUGGAGAAGAGUCAGAACAGGGUCAUCGGGGAGCAGGUCACCCCAGCUCUGAUCUUUGCCAUCACAGUUGCUACAAUCGGCUCUUUCCAGUUUGGCUACAACACUGGGGUCAUCAAUGCUCCUGAGAUAAUCAUAAAGGAAUUUAUCAAGAAAACUUUGACGGAGAAGGCAAAUGCCCUUCCCUCUGAGGUGCUGCUCACGUCUCUCUGGUCCUUGUCUGUGGCCAUAUUCUCCGUCGGGGGUAUGAUCGGCUCCUUUUCCGUCGGACUCUUCGUCAACCGCUUUGGCAGGCGCAAUUCAAUGCUGAUUGUCAACCUGUUGGCUGUCGCUGGUGGCUGCCUUAUGGGACUGUGUAAAAUAGCUGAGUCGGUUGAAAUGCUGAUCUUGGGCCGCUUGGUUAUUGGCCUCUUCUGUGGACUGUGCACAGGUUUUGUGCCUAUGUACAUUGGAGAGGUCUCGCCUACUGCCCUGCGGGGUGCCUUUGGCACUCUCAACCAGCUGGGCAUUGUGAUUGGAAUUCUGGUGGCCCAGAUCUUUGGUCUGGAAUUCAUCCUUGGGUCUGAAGAGCUAUGGCCGGUGCUAUUGGGCUUCACCAUCCUUCCUGCUAUCCUACAAAGUGCAACCCUUCCAUGUUGCCCUGAAAGUCCCAGAUUUUUGCUCAUUAACAGAAAAGAAGAGGAGAAGGCUAAGUGGAUCCUCCAGAGGUUGUGGGGCACCCAGGAUGUAUUUCAAGACAUCCAGGAGAUGAAAGAUGAGAGUGCAAGGAUGUCACAAGAAAAGCAAGUCACCGUGCUGGAGCUCUUUAGAGUGUCCAGCUACCGACAGCCCAUCAUCAUUUCCAUUGUGCUCCAGCUCUCUCAGCAGCUCUCUGGGAUCAAUGCUGUGUUCUAUUACUCAACAGGAAUCUUCAAGGAUGCAGGUGUUGAAGAGCCCAUCUAUGCCACCAUUGGCGCGGGUGUGGUUAAUACUGUCUUCACUGUAGUUUCUCUAUUUCUGGUGGAAAGGGCAGGAAGAAGGACUCUGCAUAUGAUAGGCCUUGGAGGGAUGGCUGUUUGUUCCAUGCUCAUGACUGUUUCUUUGUUAUUAAAGGAUGACUAUAAUGGGAUGAGCUUUGUCUGUAUUGGGGCUAUCUUGGUCUUUGUGGCCUUUUUUGAAAUUGGACCAGGUCCCAUUCCCUGGUUUAUUGUGGCCGAACUCUUCAGCCAGGGCCCUCGCCCAGCUGCGAUGGCAGUGGCCGGCUGCUCCAACUGGACCUCCAACUUCCUAGUCGGAUUGUUCUUCCCCUCUGCUGCUCACUAUUUAGGAGCCUACGUUUUUAUUAUCUUCACUGGCUUCCUCAUUACCUUCUUGGCCUUUACCUUCUUCAAAGUCCCUGAGACCCGUGGCAGGACUUUUGAGGAUAUCACACGGGCCUUUGAAGGGCAGGUACAAGGUACAAAUAGAUCUGGGAAGGACGGCGUCAUGGAGAUGAACAGCAUCCAGCCUCCUAAGGAGACCACCACCAAUGUCUGAGUCAUGCCCCCUUCCACCUCCCUCCCAGCAUGGGAAAGCCAUCUCUCCCUGAACAAGGGAGAGACCUCAUCAGGAUGAACCCAGGACUGCUUCUGAAUGCUGCUACUUGGUUCCUUUCUCAUCCCACGCACUCCAUGAGCACCCCAAGGCUGGGGUUUGUUGGAUUUUCAAUGGCUUUUUAAAUAUUUUAUUUCCUGGACAUUCUCUUCUGCUUAGGAGAGACCGAGUGAACCUACCUUCAUUUCAGGAGGGAUUGGCCGCUUGGCAUAUGAUAACUUUGCCAGCUUUUCCUCCCUUGGGUUCUAAUAUUGCCGCAUUAGGGGAUACAGGAGAAGAAAAGUAAGGUGCAGAUAAAGCUACUGAUUUCCUUUGGAAAUUUAAGGUAAUAGUUUACAGGUAGUAGUACUUGAAAUCUAGGAUUAUUAACUAAUAUGGGCAUUGUAGUUAAUGGCAGUUGAUGGGUUCUAAUUUUGGAUGGAGUUGAGGGAAGGGAAAGUGAUUUCUAGAAAGCCUGUUCCCCUCACUGGACGAAAUAACUCCUUCUUCUUGUAGUAAGUAGUCUCAU